CUGGCGAGGGUCGCGUUCCAUGUGUACCCGCCAGCAAUGCCACAUCGCUGUCGCUGCUGUCCGCACAGCAUCGCGUGUAUUUCACUUGUGAUAACUGGUGCCUAACAAUGUUUAUCAAAAAAAGAAAACGUGACAUUUGGUUACCUGUUUAAAUAUAAACCCGUCGCUAACAGUGUGUGCAAGUGUAAAUAGAAGAGAGACGAGGGAAAAGAAGAAGCAAGUGAAAAUGGUUAUCCGUUAGAAGCAACGAAGGACAUGGAAAGGAUGGAUGAAGCAAUUGUUGUACGAUGUUGUGAAAACUAACCACAUCACAGAGAAACGUUAGUGGGCGACUGGUAAAAGGAGGUUGGCGUUUGAAACACAACGAAUUUAUUGCGAAAAAGCUGUGACAGACAGGUUAAGUUUCGAACAGGGGACGCGGUUGCCUCCAAACAAUCGUCCUCCUCGGUCGGUAACGCAACACUUAUCGAUUGUAUUUACUCGACCGAUGUACGAAAUUCAAAUUUCCGCGCCAUUUUUUCAUUCCAAAGAAUAAUGCAAUUACCGUGAAACGAAUAUUGAAAAUUCCCUAAAUCGUUCAACGAACGGUGAUUUAAUUACACUGUUAACAAUUUUACGAGUUUAUAAUUGAAAUUAUAACGUCACGUGGUGAUAAAAGCGUUCUCGUUUCGAAGCGCGGGAAAAUAAAUGAAAGUAACAAGAUUCAAUUAUAAACGGGACCAUAGUGUGUCCUAAAGGGAACAUUCGACAUACGGCUCGAACCAAAGAAGUGCCCCGAAGGGUCCCGGGAGACACUCGUUCAAAAUCUUUCCUUGCCAAAGAUCAAAGAAAAAGCUCCUGUACCUUAUUCGAAGGAUCCUCCAGAUGAAAUUUCGCAAAUCGUCCGUAUCCAGCCCGAAGAUGGAAUUGCUCUCGAGGCGGUCGUCGAACGACACAAGGAUGUCGACCCUGAAGAGGUCGAGGUCCUUUCGAGCAUCGAUGAAGCUUAUGUCGAAGCUGAAGAGUCACGCGAAUCUUCGUUUAAAUCGUAACGCCGGUUUCGAUUUGUCCCCGGUCGCCUCGCGUGAUCAACGUUCGAAUAAAGGACGAAACAAAUUAUCCAUCGUCGAGGAAUCAUCCUCGAGUCCUGUCGGUAGCAACACCGAAUGCAUCACGGAGGAGGGGAUACCGGAGGAUCCUGAAAGGGAUUCGGUGUCGUUGAACGAGCUCGAGUCUCGCAGGAUCAGCAAAGAAUUGAAGAACAAAUUAUGCCUGACCGACAGGAUAAUGAGGAGGAAUCGCAAGGAUACCGAGAAAAAUUCCAAGAAAAACAGCGAUCCUUUGUCACCGAAGGUGGGACAUAUUUUUCGAUGGAAAAGCAACGAGGAAAAUGCAACUAUCUCUUGUACGGAGAAAAAGGAUGUAUCUCGUCCUGACGGAGGACGCGUGUCCUAUGAAAAUCCUACUUUCUGCUUGGAUAGCUCGUUGGACUCGUCCGUGUCGAGUUUCUUAUUCGACCCGGAGAAUUCCAGUCAGAUUGAUAUCGAAUGCAAGGACGAGGUAUUCUUGGAGAAUCCUUGUCAGGACACCGUGCUGACUCUGCUGGUGGAUUCUCGACGAUGUUACGAGAAGGAAACGGAGAAACUAGAGAUCAUCGAGACGACGGUGUUCGAAGGGGUGGAGAAUUUCGAGUGCAAUAAGAACAAUCGUCCUUUGUUCAACAGCCCGAAAGCGAGGAGCUUGUCGGUGAACGACGUAAUCGUGCAGGAGGACGAAGAGAUUGGCAGGAGUUUGGAUUUAAACGAUUACGAGAGGAAUUUCUGUUGCCAGUCCCACCGGGACGACGAUUUAGCCUCGAAGGGACGGAAAUCGUCGGAGAAAAUUAGGAAAACUUCCGUCUGUUCCUCCAAGUCCUGCAGGAUCAGGACGGUGGAUAAUAUAACGAACUUUUGGACAAACGCCCGGGGUAGCAGCUUCCGUAAUAAAGGGUCGGCGGGGAGAAAGAAGUCGAUGAAAGAUUCGAGGGACGAAUCCAUCGGGCAGGAUAGGCAACUCGUUACAACUGCUUCUGGAUCAAAGCUGUACUCUUUGCAAGGGAUGGAGUUCCUGGAGGGUUUCGGCAAGAAAAAGCAACAACCCCAUCAACAAUCGAACAGUAUUUCGUCGGUGCACAUCAAUCCCCUAUCGGCACAGUCUCUCAACAUACAUCUGCAGGCACUCUUCGUAGCCGUGGAGCACGGUCAUCUCGACAAAGCCAGAACAAUUUUGGAAUCGACAGACGUGGAUGUGAACAGCGUGAACAGCGACGGUUUGUCACCCCUGGACGUGGCGGUGCUCAGCAACAAUAGGCCCCUUGCAAAAAUGCUGGUCGCGUUUGGUGCGCAAGAAGGCAAUCAAUUCAAGUCUCCGGAGUCCCUGGGCAGUCAUUUGGCGUCGUUGCUGUCGGAAGCGGAACACAGAGUUCAAGAACUCGGGGGGAGUACUUCCGGUAGCGGUGGGACCACCCUGUUGGAGCCACCGAGCAGCCAUAGAUCAAGUUUUUCGUCUCAGCACAACAAUCUGACGGGAUGCGGCGGUAGCGCGGAGGACAAGCAACUUGCUCAAUGGGAAAGAAGAGCUAGAGCUCUGAGAAAGAUGCUUCUUGGAUUCGAUCAAGCGAGGCCACCAGAUAUGCCGUUCCUGGUGGCAGUCGACGUGACAGGAACAAAUUCUGUAACAGUAAGGUUCCAGGAGCCGGACUCUCACGAUUCACCGAUCUGCACCAAAUUCAAGGUACAAUGGAGCACCAAGGAAGACUUCUCGGUGAUCUGUGGAGAAAGAGAGGUCCUGGACAUGAAGCAAAGAGAGUGCAGGAUCGACGACCUGAUGCAGGGACAGAAAUACUAUUUUCGAGCUGCUGCUGGCAACCUGAAGGGUUACAGCAGGUUCAGGAACUCGACACCUGCCCACGUUACGCCUAGCAGUUGGAGGGACAUCGAUGGCCGAGUGCCAAGAUUCGCCGGCCGAUUGGAACAAUUGAACACUCUGUUCACGGACAUAAGGCGACCGGAGUACACUCAAGAGACGCCGGCUGUACAGCGGCGUAAUCACAAGAAAAAGACGACGAUAAAGCAGCUGUUCACGGCGACCAGUAAGUUUCAGAAGAAUCUCAGACGCGGAGUUUUCCUCGCUUGCUUGCUAUACCACGAGGACAAGGUGCUCGUGACGAACGAGGAUUUUUUGCCUGUGAUCGAAGUCGACGAGACUUAUCCUAGCUGUAUUUACAACGAUUUCCAUUGGCUGAUGAAGGUUGCUUGCACCUGGGACGACGUUAAGACCCUCCGUCAGGACAUGGAGAAAAGUCACAGCAGCUCGACGAAUCAUUUCAGGAUAAAAUUGUUGCAGGCAGCUGCGCAAAUGCAGGCAGCACUGUGCAUACAGGAUCUUGGACAACUGUACCACAAACCUAUCAGAGACGUCCAAGGGACCCUGGUCUUCUCUACGGUGAAUUACAUAAAAUCCCCGAAACUGAUCUCAGUACUGAACAGCAGAUGGUUACCUCUCAGCAAAGUCACAAAGAAAGUCAUACCUCACGAAGACAGCAACGUAGCGGAUAUUUUAAUAGCCAGUAUACAGGAACAGAUGACCUAUCAUCAAGUUAGCAGUAUUAAACUAUCAAAGGGACUUUACCUUGGCUACUUGAAAAUGCAAAGUAGCGUGGAUCUUAUUCAGGUUGUGGUGCCAGCAAAAUCGCCUAACGUUUUGCCACAUUGUAAAAUCCGUGACAAUCCUCACGUUUCUGCAGAGGAAUGGGAUUAUCUUAAAAGGAUAACUCGUAUGUACGCGUCGGACGUUUCUGUGAAAGAUCCCGAAGAAAAGGAGAACGUGACCAAUGAAUUGCAAGGCACCGAGCAACAAAAAUUGUUCGUUGAAUUAGUGUCUGCUACCGCGAGAAGAUUGUUCAAUUACAUGGAGAUCAAUCCUGAAGAUUCAUUGAUCCAUCGACUAUACGAUGCCGAGGUUAUCGAUUUGACUCACGAUGUGUCCUUUCUGAUCGCUGUACCACCCGCUGAGACAGCCUGUUGCGUACCUGGUACCAGAGAGAUCCUCCUUCAACGCGGUGAUCUUCUGUCGUUGCCCAUCCAAGUGUUCGAAAUGGUUCAUUUGAACACGUAUCAGAGGGACGUGAUCAGCAGAUACUCGAGAUUGAGUUGUAUCUUAGAGCUCGAUACCGCUCAAGCACAGCACAACCACAGAGAAGCAUUCAGUUCAUUGGAAUUGAGCGUGGCAAAGGAUAAGUUGGCGAGGUUGCAAGAUCUUCAGACCCAAGUGAAUACAGUGUGGAAGGGUGCCAGGUGGCUCAUAGACGUGAUCACUUUUGCGAGGGAUCGUGGAUCUUCGCAGCAAAGCGCCGCGUCGCAAACCGUUGGAAUUUCAAUGAAGCACCUGCUCAGCCUCGACAGGAACAAAAGCAACAGCAAUAGCAACAGCCUGAAGAGAAGUUUGCUACAGUUACCUCCUCGCGAUCCAAAGCUCGUGAAAUCCAGUCCAGGUAGAGGCAGUUGGCCAGGACCUAACGUUGCGAACUCCUCCUCGAAUCUGCUUACGACUGAGUUCAGUAAAAGCGAGCAACAAUUGCCCAGCGGUCAGUACGUUCGCAAAGGUAGCAACACCUCGAACGUGUCGACCGGUUCGGAACCUCCGAAAUCCUCUAUACCCAUGAGCAGCACGAGCAACCUGAGCAACACGACCAGCGGUGGCAGCAACAAUCAUCUGGUACCGUUGCAAAACAGCAGGCUACCGCCUUCUAAAUCCGAGGACACUUUGAUCCUAACGAAAUACAAACACAGCCCCAGAAAUAGGUCGGCCACGAUCACCUCCGCGUCAGCGAGCACCAGUCCUUUGCUCAGUAUAAAGCCCAUGAUAUAUGGUGGCUCGCUUCUGAGCGUAUCAACGGCCAUGACAAACACCACUAGUCUCCUAAGCGUCAGCAACACUAAUUCCGACAGUUUGCACUCGCUAAGCAGCGACGAGUACUCGACGCCAAAUUCGAGCGUUUGCAUAAAGAGCAGCCACGCGAAAAGCAAAUCGACGAAACCCACCGCCAGUGUCGCAGCAAUGGCGACUGGAUCUCUUGAGAGCCAGCUGGAGGAGGAAAAGGACGAGGCUACGAUGAUGCCGGCUCCUUUACCUGGUAUUCUUCAGGUUUACGCGGCCUACGAGACUGGCCUGGCUUCCGGAACCAGCCUAAAAUUGCACGUGACACCAAGAACCACGGCCAGAGAAGUGGUGAACCUGGUCGUGAAGCAGCUUAACAUGGCUGUGGUUCUGAAAGGGCAAGAAGGUCCCAUUUAUACAGCCGACGAGCUGCCGAAUUUCUGUUUGGUCGCCGUGAUCGGUGCCAGGGAGCGUUGCCUCAGGGACGACUUCAAGUUACUUCAACUUCAAAAUCCUUGGAAGAAAGGCAGGCUGUACGUGAGGCAGAAACAAGACGUCCUUGCGGCUCUCGAGCACAGUAGCAAACAUACCGCGUAUUUAUAGCAUAAGUAAGGCAUGAAAGAGACCGGAUACGAUUAGAUAAAAAAGGGAUCUCGAUGAAACAAAAUCCCUAUCAGUAUAAGAAACUCCGUCUCGUACAUAAUUGGCAAUAGUAGCGAAAGAUUGACUCACUUCAACGCGUAUCUGUUACCUGUGAUAUCUUUCUGAUUAGACUUUGACAAUUUUUCUUUUUAUUUCAUGUUCAAAUAGAAGAAACGAUUAGUUGAUAAUUUACCAGGUAUAAAACGCGUUGAAGUGUACGUAAAUGGCUACAAGAGAAACCUUCGGUUAUACCUCUCGAGGCUCUAAGUAAAUUACACGUAAUUAAUUAGACGAAUGAAAGAGAAGAGCGACAGGUCGUCCGACGGACAGGGAUUAAAAUUGUAUUUAGCUGACCCGUACAUUCCAACCGAGUUUACGAUUCGACUACGACCUAAGUAGAUUGUAAAGGAAUGAAUAAUACUCAAGGUAAUAUUGUACUGUUAUAUUUUAGCUACCGAUCUCAGUGUUUUAAUCGAUAUACGCGUCACCGAGUGUAAAAUGCGUCAAAUGUUUAAAAGAUCUCGUUCGUAUCAAUUGUAUAUUCAAAGUGUCCAAGCUGUUAUCAAUUUAUCUUCGCGAUCAGACAAGGUAUACCGUACGAAGAGCUUGGACAUUUCGAACGGACCGAGAGCACAGGCGUGUACGAACAUAGGGAAGAUUUUGUAUUUAUAUUUUUAAAUUCAUGUAAACGCGUAGGAUGCGAUUUAUUUUUUAACGACACGCGCGUUCCGCUUGAUCGUGACUUUGUUAGCAGUAUCUUUUAUUCGAUAGUUCUGCUAACAUCGUUCUGUUCUCAACGAGAUACGCGAGGAGAUUCUGGUACGUUCGUCUUUCGAUGGGAACAAUAGAAGGAUUCUACGGAAUUAACCGAGGAUCACCUCGAGGUGCUUAACUUUAGAGGAUAUAAAAGAAUGAGGAAUGAAAUGUUAGAGAGUGAAGAAACGUGAUCCAGACGAAAAAGAGGCUUUAUAGACUGUUGCGUAGUUAAUGAGAGUAUUACUAUCGUUAAUUAAGAUUUUUAUUCUCGCUGAGAUUAACCGUGACUGCAUUUGAAACGUAAAGCGAGCGUUUUACUUACGUCCAUUCUCGAUAGGCAAAGAAUUUGGUGUGUAUAUUUUAUUAUAGGUGAUCGUUCGCUCUCUUUCGUGUUCUCUGAAUUCAAUUCUACUGUUUUCUGUUCGCUUACAAUGCAAGCAUUGUAUACUUUAGUUUCCUGUUUUAAUUCUAUAUCAAAAUCGUUCUUGGUAGAAUUACAAACACUUCCUGAAAUCGUGGCUUGGACGAUGCAUUGGUGAUAAAUUAGGUGCAGAGUGGAUUGUAAAAACACACCAUAAACGCAUGGUACCACUGUCCAGUAAUUGAAAGUUUUGUAAUUAUGAUCGAAGCUUCAGAGAACAAGAAAAGGUAGGCAAAUUUUUAAAUUAGAGCUUGAUUUACUAUUGAGAAAUGUAUUCUAGGUAUGCUAAUUUAUCCAUAUCGGCUCGUCGCACGCUACAAUUGAAAUCGAUAGGAACGUUAAGAUCCGUCCUUGUGAAUCUUCAAAAUUUAGGUCAGAUCGAACACAGUGGUAUCGUGCAUCGUGGGGAGGGGGGCCAGCUAAGUUCAAACGAGAAUAUACGAUGCACAUAUUUUUUUAUCGAGAAAACAAAAGAGAGGGAGAGACAAGAGAAGAGAUUUUUUCUAUAUUUUACCAGAAUGUGUACUGAUCGACGAGAGAAACGCGAUCGGUGCGCAUUUUCAUGGAAAAAUAAAAAUGUUGAUCUGCGUAUCAUGCAGAGAGGAGACUAACGAAGAGAGAAAGAGAGAGAGAGAUUGAGAGAGAACAAGUUUGUAGAAUGAAAGCGCAAGAAGAAAUCUUAACAAAACGCUAGAAAAUUUAUUAGCUCUACCUGAGUGUUUAUCGAUGUUGAGUGUAAAAUAAUCAUUAGCAGUUAAGUGUUACUAUUUGGAAGGAAAAACGAACACUGUGUGAGACACGAGAAAUCCAGAUUUUCAUCCUUAGACAGGUGUUUCGAUAUGGACGAGGAAAACGAACGAGGAGAAUGAACUAUUUGUAAAUAUUCGAAGAAGUCUAUGUAUGUAUAAAAAUAUAAAUGAGAAUUAUCGAAA